UGGUGUGUAUAUAUAUAUAUAUACAUAUAUAUAUAUAUAUAUCCAUUGUUAGCUAGCAACCGCUGAGCAAGACUGCAACCUUGCUGGUAGAUUGAUAUACACAUCAACCGCUCUGAAUUCCAGGCCGCGAAGUAAGAAGUUAUCUCUAUUCUGAUCACCCGUGGACAUGCUCGAAGCCAAGUGCGUGUUGCGUCUCCUCUUCUUCUAUGGCCUCCACCUUGCAGCCGUCGCUGUCUCCGGCGGCAGCGGCGGUGACGACGAGUUCGUCUACUCCGGCUUCGCAGGCGCGAACCUCACCCUCGACGGCGCCGCCAUGGUGACGCCGAGCGGCCUCCUCCAGCUGACCGACGGAGCGGCGGUGAGCAAAGGCCACGCGUUCCACCCGGCGCCGCUGCACCUCCGCGGCGGGGAAAAGGAGGACGGGGCGGCGGCGGCGGUCCGGUCAUUCUCGGUGUCUUUCGUGUUCGGCAUCGUGCCGGUCACCCCGGGCAUGGGCGGCCACGGCCUCGCGCUCGUCGUCGCCCCGUCGAGGGACCUCACCGGGAUGGCAAGCAGCUACUUGGGCUUCCUCAACAGCACUAGCAAUGGCAGCGCGCGCAACCGCAUCGUCGCCGUGGAGCUGGACACCAUCCAGAGCCCCGAGUUCAAGGACAUCGACGACAACCACGUCGGUCUCGACGUCAACAGCCUCGUCUCCGUAAACGCAGCCAGCGCCGGCUACUACGACGACCGGACCGGCGAGCUCAGGAACCUCAUCCUCGUCAGCGGCGAGGCCAUGCAGGCGUGGGUGGAUUACGACGGCAACGCCACGCGGAUCGACGUCACGCUGGCUCCGGUCGGAACGGAGAGGCCGAGGAAGCCGCUUGUCUCGGCCAGCGUCGACCUCUCGACGGUGAUCACCGACGUGGCUUACGUCGGCUUCUCGGCAUCGACCGGCAGGCUGAGCACGCGCCACUACGUCCUCGGCUGCAGCUUCGCGGUGGAUGAGCCAGUUCCGGCCAUCGACAUGGCCAGACUGCCCAAGCUACCUCACACGAGCUCCAAAUCCAAGUUCAAGGUCUUAGUGAUAGCUCUUCCGGUAGUCACCGGCGUUGUUGCCCUCGCCAUGGUCGCCUGCGUUCUUCUCCUCGUCCGGCUACGGUACAGGUACGUCGAAUUGCGCGAAGACUGGGAGAUCGAGUUCGGUGCACACCGGCUCUCGUACAAGGAAUUGUUUCACGCCACCGACGGGUUCAAGAACAAGAACUUGCUGGGCACCGGAGGGUUCGGAACGGUGUACAAGGGCGUGCUCCCCACCUCCGGCACGGAGGUCGCGGUGAAGAGGGUGACCCACGGGUCUCGGCAGGGGAUGAAGGAGUUCAUCGCCGAGGUCGCCACCGUCGGCCGCCUCCGGCACCGGAACCUCGUGCAGCUGCUCGGCUACUGCCGGCUCAAAGACGAGCUCCUCCUGGCCUACGAUUACAUGCCCAACGGCAGCGUCGAGCAGCAUCUCUACGGCGGCGGCGGCAAGCCUGCGCUGAACUGGGCCCAGAGGUUUCAGAUCAUCAAGGGCGUCGCGUCCGGCUUGCUCUACCUCCACGAGGAGUGGGAGCAAGUCGUGGUCCACCGGGACGUGAAGGCGAGCAACAUCCUCCUCGACGGCGAGAUGAACGCCCGGCUCGGCGACUUCGGGCUCGCGAGGCUGCACGACCGCGACGCCGAGCUGCACACCACGGUCGUCGCCGGCACCUUCGGGUACAUCGCGCCGGAGCUGGCCCUGACCGGCAGGGCGUCCCCUCUCACCGACGUCUUCGCCUUCGGCGCGUUCCUCCUCGAGGUCACCACCGGGAGAAGGCCUGUGGAGGAGGCCAUGGACGGCAGCAACAGCAGGCUCAUGCUGGUGGACUGGGUGUUCGAGCACUGGCGUAACGAGUCGCUCGUCGAGGUGGUGGACCCCAGGAUCCAGGGAGACUAUGACGUGGGCGAGCUGAGCUUGGUGUUGAGGGUGGGGUUGCUGUGCUCGCAUCCGCUGGCCAGCGUAAGGCCAGGCAUGCGACAGGUCAUGCAGUACCUCGCCGGGGACGCGCCACUCCCGGAGCUGGCGCCGACGCAUCAGAUGGGCAUGAGCAUGCUGGCGUUGCUGCAGAACCAAGGGUUCGACUCGUUUGUCAUGGCCAACUCCUCCUCGUCGUCGUCAGUGUCGGUGAGGAGCUUUGACACUAGCCUAUCAAGAGGGAGAUGACAAAGGACAGCGUAUUCAUUCCUUCCAUUAAACCAAGUUGGAAUUCAUAUUGCUUGUAACUGUUCAAUACGUCAGGGAUGUACAGAAACUAAUGCAGAGUAAAAGUCACUUUGGAUGUGUUUUUUUUUUGGUUUCUUUCUCUUCAGCAAAAACUUUAAUUACUUGUACUGUACAUAUAUGUAGUUUUAGUGCAUGCAGUUGCAUCCAAAGAAUGCUUUUAGUGGAACUUAUAACUUCUGUAACCUUGAUGGAUAAGAAGUUGGCAAGUACCCUCAUUUUGGUUU